AUGGAUAUCUGUACAACUGACAGUGAAGAUGAAUAUGAUGGUGGGACAAUAAGUGAAUUUGAGGGGUCUGAUGACUCAAUGGAAGGUGAUACUUUGUUUGAUCUUGAAGCUAUCAGUGAUGUAGAGAGUGGUGCUAGCAUCGGCGACAAAAGUAUUGAGACGUUGUCCGCAAGCAGUGGCCUGUCAUGCAGCCCUCCUGCCUCACCCCCCACAGCUGCUGGUAGACAAACAGAUUUCACACUUCUUUCAGACCCAUUCUCUGACACCAGACCUAACCCUCUACCUACAUGUAACACUGAUUUUCCUGAUGUACAUCCUAGUAUUAUUCUACAUCAUGAAGCCAGUGCUAUGAGUGCUCUAGACUGUUUUCAGUUAUUCAUGGGAAAAGAUGUGAUUGCUGCUCUAUGUCUCUGGACCAACACACGUGCUGCAUAUUUUCUUAGAGACAAUCCCCACAUCAGUCCUAAGAAAUUUAUGGGUAAAAAGUGGUCUAAUGUCAGUGAGGAAGAGAUGUAUGUGUACAUCUCAUUGCAGCUACUCAUGGGACUAACACAUUUACCCAAGAUAUCUGACUAUUGGAGUACAUCAACACUGUGUCAGGGCCCACCUGUUUUCAGAGCUGUUAUGAGUCGUAAUAGAUUCUCUCAAAUUAUUAGAUUUUUGAGGUUUUCACACCCUGAUGAUGCUGUCCCCAGGAUGCCUAUGACAAGAAUUCGUACUUAUUUUGAGUUGUUACGUGCUAAGUGCAUGGAAUAUUUUUCUGCAGGUGAAAAUUUAGCAGUGGAUGAGUCACUGAUUUUGUUCAAAGGCAGACUGCACUUCAGACAGUUCAUAAAAACAAAGUGUAAGCACUUUGGUAUGAAACUCUUUGCAUUGUGUCCUAGUGCUAGUAAUGCAAGAGGCUACACCUGGAAUUUUUGCUUAUAUACACCUGCAAUGUAUGAAGAGAUGAGACAAGACCCACAGCUUGCUAUCCUCAGCAAGUCUGAGCGUGUUCCUGUGCAUCUAAUGCACUCACUUCUGAAUCAGGGAAGGCACGUUGUUUUAGACAACUGGUACUCUUCCCUUCAUCUGGCUGAAUAUUUGUUGACCAAGAAGACUCUGACUAGUGGGACCAUUCGGACAAACAGAGGUGUGCCUGAUAUUAUCUCACGCCAGAAUCUUCAGAAAAAGCAGUCUGUAUUUGGACAAAAAGAGGAUGUGCUGAUCGUCAAAUUUUGUGACAGAAGAUUGGUCCACAUUAUCCCAACCAAAUAUACAGCAGGGUACAAAGAACAAUCAUAUCAUGUCAAAGGUGGGGGGAGGGAGAUGCUGCAGAAGCCCCUGCCUAUUCAUCAUUACAAUGACCAGAUGGGUGCAGUUGAUAAUGUUGAUCAGCUGUUGGAACCAUAUGAUCCAACCAGAAAAUCUUACGCAUGGUUCAAGAAGAUUGGUGUACACAUGAUGUCUAGAAUGGUACUCAAUGCUAGAGUAAUAUAUCAAAACUUGCAUAAGUGUAGCACUGGGUGCAGUGAAUUCAUAAAGCUUGUUGUUCAUGAGAUGUUGCAAGAGUACAGUCUAGGGUAUGCCAGCUUGUGUGUGGUACAGAAAGAACAGCGUCCCAAGAAAAAACCCAGAAGAACGGGAGUCCCAAUGCUAGCAGCAGGUGCACAACCCCCACCACCAACAGCACGUGCACAACCCAGCACGUCAGGAGCUGCAGCCACACCAGUGGUUCAUGGACUAAUGACUAUACCAAGCACAGCAAACACACAAAGGCCACGUAGACGGUGCAGGAUUUAUACUACUGAAGGCAAGAACAAAUGGACAAGAAAAUACUGCCCUGCCUGCAAAGAUUUCCCUGGAUUAUGUUUGCCUGAACAUCACCAGAUGUAUCACAGCCAGCAGUAA